AUGGACAUCUCCGACAUCCUCGAAGGCUUAAACGCUCGACAUCUUGAACGCGACCCCUUCACAGAGAAUGGCGACGAUUUUGGAACAGGCGGUAGAACUUCCGGCCAAGCAUAUCUCGAAGCCCUGACCAGAGCUUGGGUCAAUGAGCGUGGAGCAACUGAACUUCUACCUUGGCCAGAAGAUGGCCUUAUUGAACGCGCAACCAACCGUAUCAAGCAGCAAAUCGAGCUCGUCGAACAAAUGACUGGCGACAUGGACCCCAAAACAAACUUCAGCCUCAUCAUAAUCCAAACCGAAGUCGAACGAUGGAAAUUCCUCAUACGAUCCUAUCUACGCGCUCGAAUUGCUAAGAUCGACAAACACACCCUCCACUACCUCUCCCCGGAACAUUCUGGCAGACUCAGCGAGACGGAAAUUGCAUACGCGACGAGACAUCAGCAGCUGCUGCAUUCGCAUUACUUGAGCAGCUUCUUAGGCAGUUUCCCACAGAAUCUACAAAAUCUCAAUGAUACGGCGGGAGGAAUAAAUAUGAUUGGGGGUCCGGAUGAGGAGGAAGGUGUUUUUGUUAGAGGUUUGGGGGCGAGGGAUGGCAGUGGGGAGUCUGCGAUCACUGUUCAUGGGAGGGGGCGCGAUGGCGAUGGCGAAGUUGAUGUGGAGAGGGGCGAGGUUGUGAUUGCACGGUGGUCCGAUGUCAGGGACUUGGUUGAAAAGGGCGAGAUGGAAUUGGUUUGA